ACUCGUUGGCAUCAGUCAAGUUGGCAGCCCGUGCGAACAUUUAGCUAAAUCAUUUGUGAUUUUUGUACAAAAGUUGUGCUCGAUUUUAAAAGGCAUAUAAUAACAGAUAAACGCGCCAAUUUGUAUAUUUAAGUUCAAAAGUUUCAUUACAAAUCAUAAACUAUGGCUGAUUCCAAGGGUGAGGACCUGGCCACCGCGAUUUUGAAGCGCAAGGAUCGUCCCAAUCGUCUAAUCGUUGAGGAGGCGCAAAAUGAUGAUAAUUCCGUAGUGUCGCUAUCGCAGGCGAAAAUGGAUGAGCUGCAGCUCUUCCGUGGUGACACUGUCAUUCUGAAAGGCAAACGCCGUAAGGAGACUGUCUGCAUUGUCCUAUCGGAUGAUACCUGCCCGGAUGAGAAGAUACGGAUGAAUCGUGUUGUUCGCAACAAUCUGUGCGUACAUCUGUCGGAUGUGGUUUCCGUGCAAUCCUGUCCGGACGUCAAGUAUGGCAAACGCGUUCGCAUUUUGCCCAUUGAUGAUACAACUGAGGGUGUUACUGGCAAUCUUUUUGAGAUCUAUUUGAAGCCCUACUUCUUGGAGGCCUAUCGUCCCAUUCAUAUGGGUGAUAAUUUCAUUGUGCGCGCCGCCAUGCGGCCUAUCGAGUUCAAAGUGGUGCUUACCGAUCCGGAACCCUAUUGUAUUGUGGCACCCGAAACGGUCAUCUUCUGCGAUGGCGAACCGAUAAAGCGUGAGGAGGAGGAAGAGUCUUUGAAUGCUGUGGGUUAUGAUGACAUCGGUGGUUGUCGCAAGCAACUUGCUCAAAUCAAGGAGAUGGUUGAGCUGCCUUUGCGGCAUCCGUCGCUGUUCAAGGCAAUUGGUGUAAAGCCGCCGCGUGGUAUUCUCAUGUACGGUCCACCCGGUACUGGUAAGACGCUGAUUGCACGCGCUGUUGCCAAUGAGACUGGCGCGUUCUUCUUUUUGAUCAACGGACCGGAGAUCAUGUCAAAGCUGGCAGGUGAAUCCGAGUCGAAUCUACGAAAGGCAUUCGAGGAGGCCGAAAAGAAUUCGCCAGCUAUCAUAUUCAUUGAUGAAAUCGAUGCAAUUGCGCCUAAGCGUGACAAGACCCAUGGCGAGGUGGAGCGUCGUAUUGUGUCGCAGCUGUUGACACUGAUGGACGGCAUGAAGAAGAGCUCCCAUUUGAUUGUCAUGGCGGCUACCAAUCGCCCCAAUUCCAUUGAUCCAGCGCUGCGUCGCUUUGGUCGUUUCGAUCGUGAGAUCGAUAUUGGCAUUCCCGAUGCCACUGGUCGUCUGGAGGUGUUGCGGAUACAUACCAAGAACAUGAAGUUGCACGAGGAUGUGGACCUCGAGCAGAUUGCCGCCGAGACUCAUGGUCAUGUGGGUGCCGAUUUGGCUUCGCUAUGCUCUGAGGCAGCUCUACAACAAAUCCGUGAAAAGAUGGAUCUGAUUGAUCUGGAGGAUGAUAAGAUUGAUGCCGAAGUGCUGGCUUCCCUGGCCGUGACCAUGGAGAACUUCCGCUAUGCGAUGACCAAGUCCAGCCCAUCGGCGUUGCGUGAAACAGUUGUGGAGGUGCCCAACACCACCUGGACGGAUAUUGGCGGUUUGGAGAAUGUGAAGAAGGAGCUCCAGGAGCUCGUUCAGUAUCCAGUCGAGCAUCCCGACAAGUUCCUUAAGUUUGGCAUGCAGCCUAGCCGUGGCGUUCUCUUCUACGGACCACCUGGCUGUGGUAAGACUCUUCUGGCCAAGGCCAUUGCUAACGAGUGCCAGGCGAACUUUAUUUCGGUCAAGGGACCCGAAUUGUUGACCAUGUGGUUCGGUGAAUCUGAGGCCAAUGUGCGCGACAUUUUCGACAAGGCUCGGUCUGCUGCACCAUGUGUGCUCUUCUUCGAUGAGUUGGACUCGAUUGCCAAGGCACGUGGUGGUAAUGUCGGCGAUGCUGGCGGUGCUGCCGAUCGUGUGAUCAAUCAGAUUCUAACCGAAAUGGACGGCAUGGGAGCCAAGAAGAAUGUGUUCAUUAUUGGUGCCACCAAUCGGCCAGACAUUAUCGAUCCGGCUAUCUUGCGUCCGGGUCGCUUGGAUCAAUUGAUCUAUAUUCCAUUGCCCGAUGACAAGUCUCGCGAGGCUAUAUUGAAGGCCAAUUUGCGCAAAUCGCCGUUGGCCAAGGAAGUGGACUUGACGUACAUUGCCAAGGUGACACAGGGCUUCUCGGGUGCCGAUUUGACCGAGAUCUGCCAGCGUGCUUGCAAGCUGGCCAUUCGCCAGGCUAUUGAGGCUGAGAUACGCCGUGAAAAGGAUCGCGCCGAAAACCAGAACUCCGCAAUGGAUAUGGACGAGGAUGAUCCAGUGCCGGAAAUAACACGCGCUCACUUUGAGGAGGCAAUGAAGUUUGCCCGUCGCUCCGUUUCGGACAAUGACAUACGCAAAUACGAGAUGUUUGCUCAGACUCUACAACAGUCGCGCGGCUUUGGCCAGAACUUCAGAUUCCCCGGUAACGCCGGCAACACCUCAGGGUCUGGCACCAAUAUGCCAGUUAACUCGCCGGGCGACAAUGGCGAUGAUGAUCUUUACAGUUAGAUUAUUAGUUUUAAUCAAGACAACAAGAAACACAAUUUUUUAAAUGAAUUUUUCCUCCUACAAAUGAAA